UUCAUUUUCUCUUUCCCCAGUCCCAUUUUCGGAAGUGGGCAGUAGCUGUCUGCUUUGCCCAAUUUAUUUUUUUAAAUAAUUUGCAAUAAUAGCCCCAACCUAAAGUCAAGAUGGACGACUAAGCGAAAAAACAGUCUCCCCGACUAUAAUCAUCUCGCAACUGAGUGGACCGGAUGAAAUCCAACCGUGGGUUUCUCCGCUUCGCAGGGGAGGUAGCUGUGUCCAGUGGGGAGAAAGGCUUGACCAGGGUGAGAAGAAAUGAAGUUCUCCGAACCCUGGGAAAUCCACAGGCUGUCUUUUCUUCUAGAAAAGGCUAUGUCUAGGGAAGCCAAGAUGUGGAGGGUCUACGUGUUGAAGAAGCCCUCCUCACAGGAUACAGAUAUCUCCCCGACUCAGCGGGACAAGGCCGUGUGCUGGCUGACGGAGCUCCAUGGCAGACUGCAGCUGUACCCAGAAACUCUGGUGUUAUCAGUUAGCAUUCUGGAUCGCUUUCUCGCUUCCAUCAAAGCUCGGCCAAAGUACCUGCGCUGCAUCGCAAUUGCCUCUUUCUUCCUGGCUGUCAAGACCUGUGAGGAGGAUGAGUGUGUGCCCUCUCUAAAGGAUUUGGUUGUGUCCAGCAACUGUGGUUGUUCUCCAUCUGAAAUCUUGAGAAUGGAAAAAAUCAUCCUCGAUAAACUCAACUGGGAUCUCCACAACGCAACACCAUUGGACUUCCUGCAUAUUUUCCAUGCAAUGAUGUUGUCGUGUUCUGGGUUUUUGGACUCUUUGCCGAGACUGAACCGCUCUCAGCAUCUUGCCCUGCUCACACAACGACUUUACCGCUGUUUGGCUGAUCACUCACUCCUUCAGCUGAGAGGAUCCAUGCUGGCCUUGGCCCUCAUCACUCUGGAGCUGGAGACCUGUUGUCACCACUGGCUGGCUGUCACCAUCGAGCUGCUGAGGAAGGCACAGAUUGACACCUCGGAGUUGAUUCGGAGUCGAGAGCUGGUUGCGAGUCGUCAUUCCACACCCAGAGCUUCCUUACCUCCAAACACUGUCUACAUCUACCAACCUCUUCAAAGCCAUACCAAUUUGCAACUUGCAGCACAGGACAUUCUGGGGAGCUUCACGUCCUCCAUUGAGCCUUCCAUGGCAGCAGCUCGAGUGAAUGAGCGAUGCGGCACCGUCCUGUCCACCGCCAACCGCAGCAGCCACAUGACGCUCCUCUCUCCUCGCAAACAGUUGGGUCAGCUCAACUGCCUGCACAAAGUCACUGUGCGCUGCAAGGCCUCGACAAAGCGCAAGGUGGAGGAGAUGGAAGUGGAUGACUUCUACGACGGUAUCAAGCGCCUGUACAACGAAGACGGCAUGACCACCGCCAUUCAAGAGGGGACAGCAACGAGAGGCUUUGGAGCCUUGAUGUCGCAUCAGGAAGACAGCUCUUCCCUCUGCCCUCCACUACAACCAGUCUGUGCCUCAUAGAAAGCGCACCGAACUAUGCUCAUCGCAACCAUCUUGCCAGAACCCAUCGAGUUAGUGAUGUCCAAAAAGCGCAAUGCAACAGCAGUAUAUAAAAAUUGCCAGUCAAGUUCCGCUACACUAAUAUUACAGAUUGUUCGAAGUUAACUCAGUUGGUUUUGAUGAGCACAAUCCAUCCCUCAAAUCCAUUCAGUUCAGUUGUCUCGAGAUCAGCUCCCAUCAUCCCCUUCAGCCAGUAAAUAGCCCCCCCUCAAUUUAACAUUGAAAACAAAUCGGCUGCUAUUAUUGUUGUAGUUCAAAAUUUUUGACAAUUUAAAGUUAUGUCAAUUUCAAGAAAAUCUAAAAAGUUAACAUAAUAAAACACUUUGAAUCUACUCUA